AUGCCACAUGCUGUCGACAUAGUCAUACCUAUAGAUUCACACCGCUUCACUCUCGAAUCGUACAUUGAGACCCUCCCCGUUCGCCUUCUAGCUCGCAUGGCGAUUGCCUCCUGGAUCCUGACGGUUGCCGUCCUCGCGUUGGCCGGUCUGCAUCCCUCACCGUGGCUGUCCGACAAUGUCGCCUUGGUGCUCAGCCCACCGCGAACGAGUCGACUUGAUUCCCAUCGUUACGCGCUAUCCACGACUUCGACUUCUUCGCCCGUGCGCGGCUGCCAGAAUCCCGAGAUCGUCGUGACCGAACCUCGAGAGAAUGCUGCGAUCACGCUCUUGGUGCGAGAACAGGAUCUCGCCGAACUCCUCCCGACACUCCACAACUUCGAGAAACGCUUCAACCAACGGUUUAGAUACGCAUACGUGUUUCUGACCGCCCCAGUCGACCCUCCGUUCUCGACCUCGUUUCGGGAACAGGUCCUCGCGAGCUUGCCCGAAGGGGCCAUCGUCGAGUGGGGCACCGUAGAGUCUCGGUAUUGGCGCAUACCCGAAACAAUGGACGUCGCGAACGUCAGGAGCGGUUUUGAGCAGCAGCAGAAGGAUGGCGUGCAGUAUGCGGGGCGCGAAGGCUACCACCAUAUGUGUCGUUACUUCUCCGGGCUCUGGGUUAGGACCGCGGCUCUGCAGAAAUACGAUUGGUAUUGGAGGCUGGAGCCUGGUGGUGAGUCAUCCGAUCUACGUUGUACCAUCCUACCUCUACACCUCGCAACGUGCCUUUGGAGUUCCAUUUCGAGCCUACAGAAUAGCGAUCGGCGCUCACUUCUCCGAUGUGUCCCCACCAGUUCGCUUCUAUUGCACCAUCUCUUACGACCCGUUCCGAUUCAUGGCGCUGAAUCACAAGAUCUACGGUUUUGUGAUCACGAUCGUCGAGAACAUGAACACAAUCCCCACGCUGUUCGACUCGAUUCUUGAGCUCGUCCAGAAGCACGGGCUCGUACCAGGAUCUCGAUUGUGGCAGUUUUUGCUUAAGAAGGGGGACCCAGGAGCAUACUCGGGAUGUCACUUUUGGACUAAUUUUGAGGUAUGUUGACGAUUCCACGGACACUAAUAUCUCAGUCGCUGACUUGGCCUCUUUUUUGGCGCCCGGGUUAGAUCGGGGAUCUGCGCUUUUUCCGGUCAGAACCUUACCAAACGGUCUUCAACGAGCUUGAUCAAGAGGGCGGAUUCUUUUCCGAAAGGGUGGGUCACUAUCCAGUAUCUGGGACUAAGUUGCCUGGUUCGGGGGGUAUCGGGUACUGAUGCUGCUCCGUUGGUGUGCCUGCAGUGGGGCGACGCUCCUGUUCGCUCGCUCGCUCUCGGUCUUCUCUCAGACGUCGAUCGAAUUCACUAGUGAGUCAGUGGCGUUGCUUCUUGAUUGUCGACUCGACGGUAUCUUUUGACUGGCAUUUGGACGAGGUGCAUUGCCGCUGGGACGACUUACUGGUUCCGCUUGCCAGUUUCGAAGAUUUCGCCUACCAGCACGACUGGUUCAUGCACUGUCCUCAAGAGAAAGGUUUAGGAUGCGACUGCCAAUGCCCCGCGUAUUCGAAAGAUCCGUUACCCAAGAACGAAUUGACGGACGUGGAUCAUGACUGGAGAUUCGGUUGUUUGGAUCGCUGGAAAGAGACUGUUGGAACCUCCGCCUCGAGCAUUAUCUCUCCUUUCGCUUCCCCCCAACAAUAA